AUGGUCUUACCACAAUCUUCUGGAACUCUACAAGACCGUAAAAACAAAAAACCUAAUGAAAUCGACACUACAGGAAGAAGAUAUAUAUUCACAGUAAGAGGAACCUCUUAUCCUCAACUACGACGAUUAAAUAAUGCCAAACAAUCAACCAAUUGUAAAUAUUGUGAUAAAAAUAGCCAAUACAUUGACAUUCUUGAAGCUCGUUUAGAUGACAUAGACAAUGUAAUCGAUGAUUUAGCCGAAAUUGUUUCAAAAAACAAUAACAGCUCUGAUUCGAAUAUGGAUGGUUUAGAUCUUUCAACUAUUGAUAUACAGAAUCUAUUAAUGAUUUCAAAUAAUAUCGGACUUGGAUUAUACGAUAAAUCGUAA